UGCAGGUGCUUGUCAGUCAAUGUCAAGGUCGCUAAAAUGGCUUUUCUACAACUGAGGAAAUUCAAUUUCUUUGACAAGGAGACAGUGAAAGAUCCAGAGACCAACCAGAUAUUUGACAGUCUAAAGGAUCUGAAUAUAUCAGCAUGUGUGAGCGGCAGAGGUCAGCUGAUUAUCGGCGACUAUGAGGGUUCAAUCUACAUGCUGUCAAGAACCCUUCAAAUGACAUCGUUUACAGCUUACAAUAUCAGGGUAUCCCAUCUGUUCCAGAUGAAACAGAGCAACCUGUUGAUAUCAAUCGGGGAAGAUGAACAAGGUACAAAUCCAUUGAUAAAGGUGUGGAAUUUAGAUAAGUUGGAAAAGGGAGCUCCAUUUGUGACUCGUAUAUGUCGAGCCAUGCCAGCCAACAAGCCCACCCCUGUAACAUGCUUCACUGUUCAUGAAAAUCUCAACUGGAUGGCUGUGGGGUUUGAAAAUGGAAGUGUGGUUUUGUUUAAAGGAGAUGUCAAAUCAGACAGGCACAGUAAACAGACAGUAGUGUAUGAAAAUCCGAAGCCAGUUACUGGGUUGGCAUUCAAAAGCUCGGGAAAGAACGUGAUCCUCUUCAUUGCAACAGAAUCUGUCAUCUUGUCGAUCAAUGUUACUGCUAAAGAUAGAAUUGUGCAUACCUUAGAUGAGAUUGGCUGUAAGUUAGGAUGUUCUGUGAUGAGUGAUGUCAGUCAAGAUAACCACUUUGUGAUUGGUCGAGAUGAUGCAUUGUAUUUCUAUCAGCCUGAUGGUAGAGGACCAUGUCUGGCAUUUGAAGGAGAAAAGUUUCAGCUACACUGGUUCAGAGGCUAUCUUGUCAUUGUUGGGAAAGAAAGCAAAUCAUUUCCUAAAGUUCCAAUUAUACGUGCUGGUCACAAUAUGGACAUGCAUAUAGUGACAGUGUAUGACAUACAGAACAAGUUUAUUGCCUAUACAGCACCAUAUCCCGAUGUCAUAGAUGUUGUCAGUGAGUGGGGAUCCCUGUACAUAAUUGCUGGAGAUAGAAAGGUGUAUCAACUACAAGAGAAAGAUACACAGACCAAGCUGGAGAUGUUGUUUAACAAGAAGAAUUACACAUUAGCAAUCAGUUUAGCAAAGAGCCAGCAGUAUGACCAGGACGGACUGAUAGAUAUCUUCACACAGUACGGAGACCAUCUAUACAAGAAAGGGGACCAUGAUGGUGCCAUUGACCAGUACAUCAAAACCAUUGGCAAACUUGAGGCUUCCUAUGUUAUCAGAAAGUUUCUUGAUGCCCAAAGAAUACACAACCUGACAAAAUAUCUGCAAGCACUACACAAAGCACAAAUGGCCACUGAAGAACAUACAACAUUGUUGCUAAAUUGUUACACAAAGCUGAAAGAUGUCUCAAAACUGGAUGAAUUUAUAAUGACAAAAGACAGAGAAGUAGAUUUCAAUGUAGAAACGGCUAUCAAGGUAUGUCGACAAGCAGGAUAUUACAAGCAUGCCCUGUUCCUAGCAAACAAGCACGAGCUGCACGAAUGGUACCUCAAAAUACAACUGGAUGAUAUCAAAGAUUACCAAAAAGCUCUCGAGUAUAUUGGCAAACUGGAAUUUGUUGAGGCAGAUGAAAAUCUAAAGAAGUAUGGUAAGAUGUUGAUGUCAGAGAGACCAGACGAAACCACUGAACUACUGAAGAGACUGUGUACAGAUUACAAACCCACUGAUAGGCCACUUGUAGAUGCAGGGGAACUAGAAGGGAGUACAUCACAAGGUCAAGUUUAUCGUGCACCAGCUGAACAGUUCAUACAUAUAUUUGUGAAUAACUCGGCUAAACUCAUAGAGUUCUUGGAACAUAUGAUCUCAGUGAAUAGAAAUUCUCCAAGCCUUCUCUAUAACACAUUGAUAGAGCUGUAUCUACAUGAUAUCACACACAUGGAAAAUAAAGAGGGAAAGUUUAGCAGGGAGAACAAAAUAUUAGAUAUCUUGAAAAAUCCUGAAGCAAACUAUGAUCUGGAUCAAGCAUUAGUUUUGUGUCAGAUGAACAACUUUAAGGAUGGAAUUCUUUGCUUAUAUGAAAAAGCUAGACUGUACCAGCAGAUACUCAGAUAUCAUAUGGAGAAUGAUGCCUAUGAUCUUGUAAUUCAAACCUGUAAAACUUAUGGAAUGCAGGACACGAACCUGUGGGUGCAGGCACUGUCAUAUUUUUCCAAAAAGGAGAACCUUAAACAACAGCUUAGCACUGUUUUGCAUCAUAUAGACAAAAUGAAUUUGUUACCUCCACUAUUAGUAAUUCAGACAUUAGCUCACAGUUCAACGGCAACCCUGUCUGUGAUAAAAAAUUAUGUGAUACGCAAGCUGCAGUUAGAAAAUGAGCAGAUCACAGAAGAUGAACGUUUAAUAAAACAGUACCAAGAAGACACGGAGAAAAAACGUCAGCAAAUUGAAGAACUGAAAACAACGGCAAAGGUGUUUCAGAACACAAAAUGCAGUGUAUGUCACCAUCCACUAGAUCUUCCUACAGUACAUUUUCUGUGUGAGCCACACUCCUUCCACCAACAUUGCUUUGAGAGUUAUGCUGAAAAUGAUAAUGAGUGCCCUGUUUGUGGUGUUGAAAACAGGAAAAUCAUGGAUAUAAUACAUGCUCAAGAGCAUGGCAGAGACUUACAUGAAACAUUCCACAACCAGCUGGAGAGGGCACCAGAUGGGUUCUCAGUAGUCGCUGACUACUUUGGUCGAGGAGUAUUUAACAAGGUGACAUUGAUCACAGAUUCUCCAGCAAGGCUUGCCAGUGUAGCCAACAAAUAUUCAUAGCACCUUGUAGUUAUUCAAGUCAUGAUAUUUAUUGGGUAAAUGUGUCAAAAAUGACAGAAAUGAUUUGCUAAACACUUCCUAAAUGCAUGGAUGUGAGAAUGAAAUGGUGUCAUCUAAGCGACAAGAUAAUUUAAAAAUUCUUAGAACUUUUGGAUUAUUUUCUUUGGUUCUAUAGGUCAGACUUUUUUCAACAAUUUUAGGUGCAACCAUUGUUUAAAAGACGUGGACCCAACUCUAGUAUUUGUGAUAAAUAUGUAACAAGAUUGUACUUCCAUUUAGUGCUCUGUGUCUCGCUAGUAGAAUAUCAAAACUUCCUCAAGUCAGUUAGAUAGUUUCCUCAAGUAAAGGAAAUCUGCAUCCCAAGUAAGAUAUUCUGAAAUAAUGAAAGUACAUUAUUUUGUGACUAAAGAAUGUGAUGAAAAUAUCAAUGAGUGCUAAAAUGAGGAUUAAGGGGCAGAAGGCCAUGAGAACUGUUAAGUAAGUGUUUGAUGAAAUAUGUGCAAUAUUCUGUAUAUGCUUACGCUGAUACACAUUUUGUUUUUCCGUUUUGCAAAAUUAUGUUAUACAUGUAUGUACUAUUGUUUUAUUGUAAUAAAAACAAGAAUUUA